GAUGAAGAACUUUGAAUUAUAAUUACGCAUAAAGGAUACCGCUACGUAUCUUCAUCUUGUAAUGUCAUUCCUAACAUCAUUAUGAAUCAUAUAUUAACUUUUUAGCAAAAUACAUAAACAAUUUCUGCCGCAAGUAAUUAAAAUAUCUCUCUAGAACACGCUUCGCCUAUACCUUACGUCUUAAAAUUCGUAACUUUGACAUUGAAUAUCUCAACUUUGGUACCGGCACGGUUUUUACAACUGAGCAGGUGUAUAAAUAACACUAUUAAUAGCAUAUGGUCCAAAUUUCAAGUAAAUAUAUAGAAAAUUAAUUAGCCGAUGAACGUCCUUAAGUUUGACAGAAAGAAGAAAUUUAAUAUUGAAUUACAUUAUAAAGUACGUGAAGUCAUACAACAUUAUAUGUCGUUUAAAAUUAAAAGAUGAAAGAAAGUUAAUAUUGACUUAUUACAUUGUACAUUAUGAGUUACGUGAACUCGUGUAACAUGUAUUAUAAUAUAUAAUAUGUAUAUAAUUAUAUGUGCAUACAUAUUCGAAUACCAUGAAUUUGUCUGUCACUAUUCUUCUUUUAUAAUAUUAUAUUUUUUAUAAGUCAAUAUUCAUUGAAGACUUUGUCCAAUGCUACAAUUUGUAAUACAAAGAAAAUUUUAUCUACGAAUAUUAACUGUGUUAUUUACAUAGUAAAUACUUUAUUUCCACUUAUUUUGCAUAUAUAUAUGUAUAUAUAUGUAUAUAUGAGGAAAGAGCAAACAUAGUUACGCCAGACAGUUUAAUUUGUUUCGGUGCGAAAACAGAAAAGGAAUACAGAGAAGAAGAACAUAGAGAGUAUACUGUGAUCAUUCCUUCUGUAUUUGGUGAUAUAAAAAAGUGCAUAUAAGCAAAGUGUUAAUGGUGAUUUUAUUAGUAACAAAUUCACUUAAAACAUUUGCAGGCUAAUUCAGCAUAAUAUUCAUUUUCAUUUUACUAUUGUGUUUUUCUCGUAGUGUUCAUUUUAAUAUUGUGAUUUUCUCGAAAAGUCUCGAUAAGUUAAAUUAAGUUUAAUAGGCAUAAUAUAUAACACAGGUAAAAUCCUAGCUGACAAAAUCCUAGUAAAAUCUGUCGUAUAUUUAAAUGUCUGGAAAAGGCACUCACAUUAUUUACGGUUUUAGUGCCAAUCUAUAGUCAUACACAACUACUAUUAAUAGAUUGUAUUAGAUUUCUGUUAACAUUUUCGUAAGACAUUUCUGAUAGAUAUUCGGCAAAAGCUAUUUCGAUUAAUGUGAUUGCCUUAGAUACAGUUUAGAUGCUAAGCAGCUCUAUAGAGUACGUAUUUUCGAUUUGCUUUCUUGAAACUCUACAAGAUAUACUAAUUUCGCAAGAUGAUGUAAUGUUCCAGCAACUGCAAAGUUAAUCUCUUAUGUUUGUAUUCUGAUAAAAUUUGAUGUAACGUUACCAUAAGAUAUAUGUGAGAAAUUAUGUAUAUAUAGAUAUACAGAGUAUUUCUUAUCCACCGCCCAUUAUGCAUAUUGGAAAUUUGUAUCAAAAAGUCCUGAACUAUUUUUUUCCCGCGAUGUUUAAUGAAAGAUAUCUCUUUCAUUCUUAAGUGAAUUCCAACUAAUCAGCGCCGUAUUUCAGAAGUAUAAGCGUUUGUGAAUCACGUGCUUGGUAAUAUGUGUGGUAAUAUGCGGUCACACCAGGCAAUUAACUCACAAAUGUAUACAUGUAUUUCUGAAAGACAACGCUGAGUAGCUGGAAUUUAUUUAAGAAUAUUACUUUCAGAAAAUAUCGCAGAAAAAAUAUUAUUCAGGUCAUUUCGACACAACUUUCUAUAAGGAAAAACGCUAUACGUAGUAUGAGCGGUGGUUAAGAAACAUCCUGUAUAUUUCAUAUUCGUGCACUCGAUUUAUACAGAAUGGGAGUCUUCGAAAUACUAUGUGGAUUUGUCAUAUUCCUGUUUCUGCUUUAUCGCUAUUUGACCGCUACCUUUGAUUUUUGGAAAAAACGCGGUGUACCCGGGCCUGAUCCUGUGCUAUAUUUUGGCACGAUGAAAGACAUUAUACUAAAGAAAGAAUUUGCUGGCAUUCAUUGGAAACGUAUGUACGAUACAUAUGAAGACGCACAAUUCGUAGGAUUAUUCAACAUGAGAAAACCUGUAUUAUUAGUAAAAGAUCCGAAAUAUAUAAAGGAUAUCUUGAUGAAAGAUUCUUCGUUAUUUCCCACUCGAGGAUUUCCUUACAAUAUGCAUGCAGAACCGCUAUUACCAUUCCUUUUUUAUACGGAUGGAACAAUUGCACGUUUCUUGAGAGCAAAAGUGUCACCGACUUUCACACCCAACAAACUGAAAGAAAUGUCUUUUACAAUGCAUGAAUCUUUCACGCGGUUAUACAAUUAUGUGGAUUCAGUAAUAUCGAAGGACGAUUACAUGAACUGUAAUGAUGUGGCAGUCAGAUUGCUUUCCGACAUAAUUGGCAGAUGUCUCAUGGAUAUCGACGUGAAAACUUUAUCUAUGGAGACGAAUGAAUUAGACAUAAUUUCAAGUAAUGAUCAACUUCAAGUCAUUAAAGAGACUAAAGGGAUUCUUAAGAAAAUAUUCAUGAAGAUGUUACUGAGUCUAUCCAAUUUAGUUGGUUAUAAUUUGUUUCACAAUGAUAAAUACAUGGAGUUCUAUAAGAAUUUUGUCCACGACGUAGUGGAGCACAGAAAGAAACAUAAUAUCAUUAAACGUGAUUUGAUCAGUGUUCUCAUGGCAUUAAAGGAAAAUCCUGGACAAUUGGGUGAUGUAAUUGAUAUGACGGAUGAGUUUUUUUGUGCGGAAAUAUUUGCCAUAUUCACUGCUGGUUAUGAAUUAUCCUCCUCAGUACUAAUUAACGCGUUAUAUGAAUUAGCAUUGAAUCAGAAUGUCCAAGAUAAAUUACGGGACGAAAUACGAAACUUAUUUGCCGAAAAUGGAGAACUUACUUACGACACCAUAAAAUCAAUGUCAUAUUUACACGCAGUCUUUAAAGGUAAAUAUAGCAAAAUUGAAUUAUUCGAAUAUCUAUGUAGAAUUUUACCUACUCUUGCGUAAGGAAUAAGGAAAAACGUAUUCUUAUUUAUUAUAGCGUACACAUUAUUUUCGGAUAUAUCAUUGAUUUGUAAUGCUAAACUCUUUGUUUUAGAGACUACACGGAAAUAUCCGG